AUGCGAAUCAACCUGCUGAUGGUGGCGGGCGAGAGCGAAGUGGUGGAGAUUGAGACUGGCCGCAUCUGGGAACUCACAGGACGUGUCCAGGAGCGUUUCCCCCACGGAACGGUCUGCAGCCUGCGCUUCUUGCGCAACGGCGAAGUUCUGGACAGCACUUCGCAGCUUGCGGAGGGGGAUGAGGUGACUUUCAUACGUCAGGAAGCGCCCUCGGUGCGCUGCGUGGAAGGCGACCUUCAUUGGACGGAAGAGAACGCUCCCAGGUUGGAACCUCACGAGGCCGCCGCGCUGAUCUGCACCAAAGACCACGGCCCAGGAAACGCGGUCACGCGGCAGUGUGUGAAGUGCGCCUCGGACUACCGAAUCCAUUUCUGCCGAUCCUCCGAGAUCUCUGCGACCAUUCGAACGGUGGAGGUGGAAAAAGCGCACAUCGCAGUUGUCCACCGAAAAACGGGUGGCACGCACGAGGUUCGUGCAGGGGCAGAGAUUGAAGCGCAGAUCUCGCAUGAGAUGCAAGCGGAUGGUUCCCUGCUGUGCCGCAUUCUCUUUCAAGGGGGUUUUCCCUAUGGUGGAGAGUGCUAUGCCGAUGUGCAUGCGUUUCCGGUUCCAUUUGCGAUGCACCAAAUGUACUUGAUCGGAGGGUAUAGGUUACACCGACAUUCCACCGGGCGGCUCUCUGAUCUUGGAAAUCCCUUGGCAUUGACGCAAAAAGGUGCGACGUGCGCAGGUAGGAAGAAGUGCAGCCGGCUCCAUGUGAAGAGAGCCUUCCAUUCGGGACUCAUUGCCAAGGCGGCUGACACCCUGAAGAACCUCGGUGUGGCUGAAGAAUUGCAGGGAGUGGAGGUCAUCCCCGUCGCCUCAAAUUUGACUGGGCAGUGGCUGGGUGCAGCCCAGAUGAAGGAUGGGCAAUACUGGACCAAGCACAUGAGGGGCACUGUGCUCUGGCGCGAGAAUGCCGAGCGGCUCAUUUCACAAUGGAGGCCCAACAUCAUUCUGGAGGUGGGUCCUGGAAAUGUCCUCAGCACUCUAACCUCCAAGUGUGUCAAAUCGCCAGAAGGCUGGAAGCCGGACUUCCUGCAAUCCAUGCGUCAUCCCAAGGCGACUAAGACCCACGACGUGGAGGCCUUCUUGGGUGCUUUGGGAAAACUUUGGGAGGCAGGUUGCAACGUCAACUGGGACCAGCUCCACACCAAGGUCUUGGGCAACACCCGGCUCCCUCCACUCACACGACUGCCGGUCUAUUCCUUUGAAGAGACGAGCCUCUGGGUGAACCCGGAACGCAGCGUCUAUGUGGACUCCACCGAGGAUCCAGCACCUGCGGCGUAUGUUGCCAGUCAGGCGGUAUGGCGGCGUUGUGGCGGCCUGAAAGAUGGCCAACUUACGGUGCUCGUAAGGUAUGGAGACGAGCGGGAGACGGAGCCGGCUCUGCGGGCCUAUUGUUUGCCCUUCGCCAGUGGCUCCUCUCUGGUCUUCGCGCCUUGGGAGGAUGAGACGGUGGAAGUGGUGGCGAUCGAGUUGCCUGGAAGAGGAGCAAGGGCUGAAGAGGUGAUGCCUGAAGAUGAUGCUGGAGACGGUGCCAUGCUGGAGGCCUUGAUCAACGAGAUUUUGGCUGACUUGCGUGGCUGCCCCUACGUGCUGCUGGGUUUCUCCAUGGGCGGCGGCUUGGCCAUGGAAUUGGCGCUGCGCCUGGCGGAACGGGGGAAAGCGCCAUUGCCGCUUGCAGUCUACAUUGCUGGACGAAAGCCUCCGGCAAAACAACCUAGCGAUGUGCCUGCAAUCCAGAUGAGCAACGCUGAACUGGCGGCCUAUGCCUUCGCACCGCCGGAGGCGGCACAGACGCCCGAGUUCUUGGAACAUGUGGUGCCUUUGUUGCGCUCCGAUUUGGAGGCCGACGCACGGGCCGAGCGCCGUUUGAGCACCCGAGCCGCCCAACUUCAACCUUUGCUGCCUCAGAGUGUUGGGGUGGAACUGUUCUGCGGCACCAGCGAUACGGUGGCCCCCUGGACAGAGGCUCCUGGCUGGCAACGCUUGGUUGAAGCGCCAGUUGGCCUUCACUACUUCCCGGGAGGCCACGAAUUUAUGCAGGAUCAGCGGCCGAACAUUUUGGCAACGUGGCGCCGAGACGCUAUCGGCCGGCUACUGCAGCGGCGCACCAUGGAGGCUGCGAUGCUGGCAGCGCGUGGUGUUCCGGGCAUGCCGGGAGGCCUCACAUUGACACCAGCGACGCCCAAAGCAGGCGCCGGUGCAGGAUCAGCUGCAGGGCCAAAGAACGAUCUGCCGCUCUAUGCAGUGCGCUGGCAGCAAGCCACUCCUCCCAUUCCAAGCACGGCCAAAAACGCAGGAGGACACUUGGUGAAACUCACUAGCGAAGCAUUAUCCGAAGGCCAAAUCGCUGAUGCCAUCCAAGCCACGAAAAAUCAGCUACUUGUGGUGGCGUGCCAGCCCAUGGGCAACGUCUUCGAAGACUUCGAGGAGGAGCAACGGCUGGCCUGGUCCUUCGUGCAUUUCGUUCAGUGUUUGUUGGAGGCUGGAGUCACUGCUCGACUCCUGUUGGUCACCGCAGCUGGCACCACCGGAGCCAUGGUAGCUGGAGCCAGCAAGGCUGUUGCUAUGGAGGCAUCGGAGCUGAGGAUACAACGAAUCUUCGUUUCUCCCACGUGUCUUCAAGAAAUCUCAGAGCACGUGGCAUGGCUCAGUGCGGCGGCAUCACGGUAUAGUGAGGAGUCUGACCUGUGGUUCCGCGAGAAACCCGGCAUGGCCUAUGUGCCCCGCCUGGAAAAGAUGUGCUCCGCUUCCAAGAAAGCGCGCUGCAUCCAAGCGCAUGGCGUGGAUGGGGAGCUGGCCAGCUACGUGUUGACGGGCGCCACUGGUGGCCUGGGGAAGGCUGUUGUAUCCUGGCUGGUGAACGACCAGGGCCUGCAGCCCAGCCAGCUGGUGCUUCUGAGACGCGCAGGGUCGAGCAAGUUGGAGGGCGAUUUGGCUCAGUGCACUGUGAUCGAGGCAUCCAGGGUGGACUGCAAGGAGACGUUGAAGUCGGCGCUGGGGAAGGUCCGAAAUGUGACCGGGCUGUUCCAUCUGGCUGGGGUCUUGGAUGAUGGCAUCAUUGGAGGCAUGACGGAGGAGAGAAUCAAGAAGGUAGCCAAGCCAAAGUGUGGAUUGCUCCUAGCACUGCUGGAAACGGCAAAGGAGUUGGAUUGGCCUUUGCAAUUUGCACUGGGAUUCUCCUCCACUUCGUCCCUGUUUGGCUAUGCCGGGCAGGUGAACUAUUGCGCAGCCAACGCGCUGCUGGACCAUGUGUCCACCUGGGGCAUGCAUUCGGCGCAGGGAAAAGACCUGGCACCAUGCCGCAUCACCACCGUGAAUUGGGGUCCGUGGGGUGAAGCCGGUAUGGCCCAGGAAGGCACAAAAGCCUACGAACAAGCGGUGAAGGAGGGAGAUACGCCCUUGUCCACCCGCGCAGCGCUCAACUGUCUGGCGGUGGCCUUGUGUCAAGCCACACAGGCGUGA